AUGGCAAUGGGCUGUAACAUGACGUGUCCUGUGGGACACUAUGGAGCAAACUGUGCCCAACCCUGUCCCUGUGUCCAGCCCGACUGCCAUCCUGUGUCCGGCACCUGCAUCUUGGGUCCCAAUGGGCGAGUGGGGGUGAUGGCCGCCGGCUGUCUGAUCACGUUGCUGCUUCUCCUGCUCUUACUGUGCUGUUUCUGUCUGUGUCGGAAGAAAGCGUUGGACACAAAUUGCGGUCAGGCUGGUGUGAUCAGGAGGAAGCUGCGCCGCAGACACAUCAGGGGCACGUUUACGCACAUCAGCACCAAACUACCCAGAAUCCCUAUUGGCCGUCAGAAGCUCCCAAAGGUUGUGGUUGCACACCAUGACAUAGAGAACACCUUAAACUGCAGUUACAUUGAGCCUCCGUCUGUGGUGGAUCAGCCAUCACCGUCCUGGUCAUCUCAUGGCUCCUUCUCCUCGUUUGACACGGCAGAUGAUGGUCCCGUGUACUGUGUCCCUCAUGAGGAGAGCAUGGUGGAGAACCUGGCUCCACCCAUCAGUGAAGAGGAGGCUGGGGAGUACACCUCACUGAAGGGGGAUGCCACUGAGAUGCUGUUACUUAAAUCGUCUGACAGUGAAGCCUCCAGCAAUGGGUCAGGGUCAACCAGUGGAGCUGUCUAUGCCCAUGUGGCCCGGCUCUCCAAGCAGUCAAAAGACAGCGACGUAAGCAUUCACAGCAACAGCGCCAAGACCCCUUCCCCUGACAAGGCCAAGCCGCCCCCACCUGAUCCAGCAACCAAGCCCAAGCUGUCCUGGAUCCACGGGAAAUCCAGCUCCGGUCAAUCAAAUGCUUCGACUGCAACACACCCACUGUCGCUCGAUAAAGGAGCCAAUCAAACAGAUUCCCGGGAGUGGGGGGGUGGGGUUGGGGGGGCAACGGGCAACGCCAGGAAGAGAAACCUCAGCGACUCUUCGGGGGGAGGGGGGGCUCGACAGGACGGAAAGAAAUCGCUCACAGAUGUCAAAAUGCGUCACAAAGAAAAAGGUCCUGGCAGAGCAAGAGAGCAGAGUGCCAGCCACACAGGUCAUGGAAAUAAAACACACAAACCCUCGGAGCAGGUGGAAAAUAUCAAUGGGGCGACACACAAUGCUCUUAAAAAAGUUGGCAACUUACCAGGAGAAAAGAAGGGCGAUGGAAGAGAGGGCGGGAGAAGCCCCUCACUGACCAAGGAUUGGCCAGAUCUCGUCUUUCCCCAUCUAUCCUCAGAGACAGCGACUAUGCUCGCCUCGCAGUUGAAGGAAAGGACUCAGAGUCUGAACAGGAUGGAGGUGGAGCUGAAGCAGAAUGGGCUGAUUUCCCCCCAGAGGCCUACCCCUCCACAGAAGGCAAAACGCUCGUUUGGUGCCAAUAAACAGAGGCCGACCAAAGCGGUCAUCCCGACAUCAAGCAGCCUGCAGAAAAUGAUCAGACCACCCUCAGCACCUCCUGAUCCUGAGCCAGCAGAUAGCAAGCCAGCGGCUCAGGACAGUCAGCCUGGACCUGACCAGGAGCAAGUCAAACAGCAAUUAGGGGAUCAGACCCCCAAAAAGACCCCCAUCAAAAAGCCCCCGAGGAAGAGAAGCAAAGAGGUCACAGUGGAGUCUUGGAGCCACCACAAGGAGCAGCUGAGCUCUGGGUAUGUCAAGAGCUGUGGCUCUCUCACCGAUCACCCCAGAACAGCUGCUCUGCCUCCGCAGGCCGUGGGUGUGAAGGAGACGUAGAGCAGCUUCUCCCGGCCACCAGAUGCUGGUGGUGUGAACCUUUGUCACCUCCAGUCAUUACAAACAGAUCUGACAAGAAGAAAGAACUAACUGACAUUUUUAUAUCACCUAAUCAUGUGGAAACAUUUCAAAGCGUUUCAU